AUGGCUGUUAUAAGUAAGGUUAUCUUCGAUGUUGAAGGUAUGACCUGUGGAGCCUGUGUAGCCGCCAUAGAAACGCAAUUGAAGCUGGUGGAGGGAGUACAACGAGUGUCAGUUUCUUUGGUAACUAGUGAGUGUGAAGUGGUGUUCGACAGUGGCAAGACGAGUGUGGAUGCUGUUGAAAACGGAAUAAUAGAUUGCGGAUUCGACGCGCGUGUUCUAAAGGUGCUGCAAGAGUCGGCACAGGCGUGCAAAAUCGCAGUAUUGCAGGUUCAGGGCAUGACUUGCGCGAGUUGCGUGGCCAGUAUCACGGAGAACCUUGAGAGACUCGACGGCGUGACUGAUGUGAGUGUCUCGCUUGCCACAAUGGAGUGCCGUGUCGUUUUUCAAGAUCCACAGGUCACUGCAGCUGAUGUGAAGGCAACAAUUGAAGAUUGCGGAUUCGACGCCGAACUCAUCACAGAACAAAACAAGAGCGCUUCUGGUAUCUCCGAAACCAAGCGAAUAGUCCUCAAGGUUCUGGGAAUGACUUGUGGUUCCUGUUCUGCAAGCAUAGAGUCAUCGCUUAGUCAGGAACCGGGAAUAUUACAAGUACAGGUAUCAUUGGUCACAGAAGAGGCAGUUGUAGAAUUCAGCCCCUCUGUUAUCGGGGUGCGCGACAUUGUUGCCAAGAUAGAGGAUCUAGGUUAUGAAAGUGCGGCGACAAACGCUUUUGACAAUGUUGCACAAAUCAAAGCGCUUGCCAGAGUGCGCGAAAUUCAGUUUUGGAAGAGCUCGUGUAUACAAGCGUGCUGUCUGAUGGUUGUGAUGAUACUACUGUACAAAAUUGUACCGAGAUGGUCUUCAAGUUUUAAGAAAUCUAUCAUUUAUCACCAAAGCCCUUUACCAGGUUUGUUCUACAGAGAUAUCAUCGGAUUUGUAAUAUCAAGCUACGUUCAAUUUUGGGUUGGGCGUCACUUUUACAAGGCAGGUUGGAAAUCUAUAAAACAUGGGUCUGGAUCUAUGGACACUUUUGUGCUAGUUUCAACGAUGUGUGCAUUUACUUUCUCCGUUUACUCCGUGUUGAACAACAUCAUUAAGCGCUCUGACCGACUGCCCAAUGUGGUUUUUGACGCAUCUACAAUGCUCAUUGCCUUCAUUUCGCUGGGCAAACUUUUAGAGAACAAAGCAAAAUCCAGAACGAAUAAUUCUUUGUCCAAGCUUAUAUCUUUGGCCCCUUCCAGCUGUACCAUAAUUGAAAAUGAGGUCGCCAAAGACAUUCCUGUGGACUUUCUACAAGUUGGCGACAUCAUAGAAAUGAAGCCAGGCGCAAAAAUUCCCACUGAUGGUGUUAUAAUAGAGGGUGAAAGCGAAAUUGACGAAUCCUUAAUGACUGGUGAAUCGCUCAUGGUACCGCGCUACAAAGGUGACACGGUGGUGGGAGGAUCUAUAAAUGGACCAAACAGAUUCCUUUUCAAAGCUAUGAGUGUUGGUGAUGACACUAAGCUGGCACAUAUCAUUCAAACUAUGAAGCAGGCGCAACUUACUAAAGCACCUAUGCAACAUUAUGCGGACUAUCUUGCUGCCAGAUUUGUCCCAUUUAUUCUAACAUUAGCAGCGAUAACGUUUGUGAUGUGGUACAGCCUGUCUCACUAUCUUGAGAACCCUCCAACUAUUUUCGACGACCCCAAUGGCAAGUUUUUCGUAUGCCUACAAAUAAGCAUAUCUGUCAUUGUAGUAGCGUGCCCGUGUGCAUUGGGUUUAGCUGCUCCGACGGCCAUAAUGGUAGGAACUGGUUUGGGAGCCCGACAUGGCGUCUUAAUCAAGGGUGGUGAGGUCUUGGAAAAAUGCGGCUCGCUCGAAACCUUUUUAUUCGAUAAAACCGGAACUUUGACUACAGGGCAUAUGGUUGUGGACCAAUUUGUGCCUUUAGGGGAAAACGUUGCGCUGACCGUCGAGCAAGCAGCUUGCGUGAAUGUUGUAAGUGCAACUAGCGAGCAUCCAGUGGCCAAAGCACUGGUCAGUUACACCACUCAGUACUUAAAUGGCACGAGCAUAAAGGUCAAUCUCUUGAACUGCCGAUCGGUCAUUGGAGGUGGCAUCAUUUGCGAUUGCGAAAUCGGUGGUUCCAAGUUCCACGUCGUUGUUGGUAACAAGACAGUUCUGCAAGAAUUUAGCCAUCUGCCGAAGCCCCAAGGCACUGUGUCCUAUGUUGAGGUAAAUGGGAAACUGAUAGGCAGGUUCGAAGUGAGCGAUUAUAUCAAAAAGGACGCAGGGCAGGUAGUGCGCUAUCUCACAUCAAAGGGUCAUCGCGUAUGUAUGGUCACUGGCGAUAAUCAUUACUCGGCAAUGAAAGCUGCAUCUGAGAUAGGAAUUGAGGCAAACAAUGUAUACAGUGAGCUUACGCCAUCUGACAAAAAUGAAAUAGUGAAGCAGCUGCAAGAUGGCGGGCGGACGCGGGUAGCCUUUGUGGGCGACGGGAUUAACGACUCACCGGCGCUGGUGACAAGUGACCUUGGUAUCUCUAUCUCAACUGGUACUGAUAUCGCUAUGGAAGCUGCUGAUGUAAUAAUUUUAAGUCGCACUGAGCGGGACCAUGCCUCACUAAGAGAACUGGUAUAUGCUUUGGACAUUGCCCAAGCUACUUUUAAGCGAGUCCGCAUGAACUUUUUUUGGGCCAUAUGUUACAACGUAUUCAUGGUUCCUAUUGCCAUGGGAGUGCUAGUACCCUGGGGCAUUACCCUGGACCCUAUAUUCGCAGUAGCUUGCAUGGCUGCAAGUUCUGUCAGUGUUGUCGGAAGUUCGCUGCUGUUAAACAGAUGGAAAGCACCCUCACUGGAGUCUAAAAACCCAGGACGAUCAAAGAUGUCCUUUAGAUCUAUACCUUCCUUUCUGUCAGCCAAGUUUAGGCGUCACAGAUCUCUGCCAAUCGAAGAUGUUGAGCUACAAGCAGGUCUUAUUGUAUAA